GAAUGGGGCAGGAGGGAGAAGGAGGAGCCAGCGGAAGGGGACGGUGUGUGGGCUGGCCAGCCCUGGACGAAAGAAGAGGGCCCCUCCAGGCCAGUCUGGGCACCCUGGGACAGUGGCUGCAGCCGGGCAUGGCCGACUCUGCACAGGCCCAGAAGCUGGUGUACCUGGUCACAGGGGGCUGCGGCUUCCUGGGAGAACACGUGGUGCGAAUGCUGCUGCAGCGGGAGCCCCGACUCGGGGAGCUGCGGGUCUUUGACCGACACCUGGGUCCCUGGCUGGAGGAGCUGAAGACAGGGCCUGUGAGGGUGACUGCCAUCCAGGGGGACGUGACCGAGGCCCAUGAGGUGGCAGCAGCUGUGGCCGGAGCCCAUGUGGUCAUCCACACGGCUGGGCUGGUAGACGUGUUUGGCAGGGCCAGUCCUGAGACCAUCCAUGAGGUCAACGUGCAGGGCACCCGGAACGUGAUCGAGGCUUGUGUGCAGACUGGAACACGGUUCCUGGUCUACACCAGUAGCAUGGAAGUCGUGGGGCCUAACACCAAAGGUCACCCCUUCUACAGGGGCAACGAAGACACCCUAUAUGAAGCAGUGCACAGGCACCCCUAUCCUUGCAGCAAGGCCCUGGCUGAGCGGCUGGUCCUAGAGGCCAAUGGGAGGGAGGUCCAUGGGGGGCUGCCCCUGGUGACGUGUGCCCUUCGUCCCACGGGCAUCUACGGUGAAGGCCACCAGAUCAUGAGGGACUUCUACCGCCAGGGUCUGCGCCUGGGAGGUUGGCUCUUCCGGGCCAUCCCGGCCUCUGUGGAGCAUGGCCGGGUCUAUGUGGGCAAUGUGGCCUGGAUGCAUGUGCUGGCAGCCCGGGAGCUGGAGCGGCGGGCAGCCCUGAUGGGCGGCCAGGUGUACUUCUGCUACGACGGAUCGCCCUACAAGAGCUACGAGGACUUCAACAUGGAAUUCCUGGGCCCCUGUGGACUGCAGCUGGUGGGUGCCCGCCCACUGCUGCCCUACUGGCUGCUGGUGUUCCUCGCUGCCCUCAAUGCCCUGCUGCAGUGGCUGCUGCGGCCGCUGGUGCUCUACGCGCCCCUGCUGAACCCCUACACGCUGGCCGUGGCCAACACCACCUUCACUGUCAGCACCGACAAGGCUCAGCGCCAUUUUGGCUAUGAGCCCCUGUUCUCGUGGGAGGAUAGCCGGACCCGCACCAUUCUCUGGGUACAGGCCGCUGGGAGUUCAGCCCAGUGACGGCGGGGCUGGGGCCUGGAGGCCCAUCGUGGCACAUCCACCCAGGUCCUGAGCCCUCACACCCUGGACGGGAAGGGACGGCUGCAUUCCAGAGCAGGAGGUAGGGCUCUGGGGCCAGAAUGGCUGUCCUAGAGCCCUCCACAUUUUUUUUUUUUUUUUUUUUGAGACAGGGUCUUGCUCUGCCACCCAGACUGGAGUGCAGUGGCGUGAUCAUAACUCACUGCACCCUCAGCUUCCUGGGUUCAAGUGAUCCUCCUGCCUCAGCCUCCUGAAUAGCUGGGACCACAGGUGCACACCACCACACCUGGCUUUUUUUUUUUUUUUUUUUGGUAGAGACAGGGUCUCACUAUAUUGUCCAGGCUGGUCUUGAACUCCUAGGCUCAAGUGAUCUCUCCACCUGGGCCUCCCAAAGCGCUGGAACUACAGGUGUGAGCCACCGUGCCCGGCCCAAGCCCUCCACAUCAUCAAUCCAGGAGCCUUGAGUCUGUGUUUUGUCCUGAUGCCUCGAAGUCCUAGGGCUGUCAGGAUACAAGGGCAGGGUUUGGGGACAGAGUAUCCUUCCUCUGUCCUCUCACCCCGGUCCUGAUGGCCGCUUGGUGAGGGUCGGUGCCCUGGCGACCUGCCCAGGCUCUCUUCUGGCUUUCUUUUUUGUUUUUUUUUUUGUUUUUGUUUUUUUUUUUUUUGUUUGUUUUUUGAGACGGAGUCUCGCUCUGUCGCC